GGUCUUGUUUUAAUCUGUUGCAAUAGAGCUUGGAUGCAGCAGUAGGUGACACAGAAAUAAUGGCAGAUCGGUACGUUUACACCGAGUUUUCGCAGCCUUACAUAGAGUCGGGGCUGGUAAUGGUGGUGACGGCGAAACCCGGCCUUAAAGACUCCAAAUUCAUAGCUUUGAAUCCCUUCACUAAGCUGAUGUGGCUGAAGCUCGCUGCCGUCAGCACGGCCACCGGAUUUGUCAUCUGGUUCAGCGAAUUCGCGACCGGCAAUGACCAAUUCACUUGCGACUCUAUUCUCCAAACCAUCUGCUCCAUUCUCUGGCUCCCAGUCACCAUAAUACCCUUGUCACAGAAUAGAGUAAAGAGAGAGAGAGUUACCACGAUGAUGACCGUUCCGAGAUUGGAGCCAUCUGUGAAGGAGAUAGGCUUUUUGAGGAACUCCAAUGCAGCUCUAGGAUGCAAUGGCAAUUCCUUCAUCUGUCGUUAUCUUAUCAGUGUCCUAAAUUUCAACCCCAACAAUGUCAAGCCGGUCAACUCCAUUGAUGAGUAUCCACGACUUUUCGAUAAUGGCGAGAUCAGAGCCGCUUUCUUCAUUGCGCCUCAUGCCAAAGUGUUCCUCGCCAAGUAUUGCAACGGCUACAUUGUGUCGGGGCCUAGUUUCAAACUAGGUGGCUUUGGAUUUGUAAGAUAACAACUCCUCAUCCUUUUUAUUUCAGUUUUCUAACUCUAAGGGCAUGCUUGGUAUGAUGAAACAAAAACGGAGAUGAAAUAGACUUGAAAGUAGGAAUGAAUGAACAUAGG